UCUUUUCGGACUUGGGGAAUUAAGAUCACUUCCGUGUCUGACUCUUCAUAUCUUUCUUUUCCAUUGAGCCUGUUAUUCCGAUUGGGAGGCCAAGGGUCGCGUAUCUCGGAGUUAGCGGGAUGCAGUCUAACAGCAAAUUCGGAGGGAAGAUUCCCAAGGCGUGCGAACCAUGCCGCAGGCGCAAGAUCAAGUGUUCCGGUCACAAACCCUGUCGGCAAUGUGAGAACAAGCCAUCCGAUUGCGUGUAUCGUCUCAAACCGCGCGUGAGAUUGUCAUCGAAACGGGCCGCGGUGACGGUAGCGAAUGCCGAGACUGGCCACGGCGUAUCCACCCCGGGCUCUGAUCGGGUUCGCCGGGACGAAGCUGCUUCCCAACGUUCAGCAGAAGAACUCCAGCAACAUGUAGCACAAACUGAAGUCUAUCACAGCGUUGCCGCAGCUCACCAUGCACCAAAGUCUACCGACAGUUCACAACUCUUCUACGGACCUUCUUCGAAUUCUGCUUUCCUGCAACAGAUUCAUCGAGGUCUGCUUUCUGGUCAGUAUGGCCAGAGCCAUGCCAGAGAUGUCCAAGAGGGAGGACCGGGGUUGGACAUGUUCAUGCAGAGAAACAUCUUUUUUGGCAUGCCACUAAAGAUCAACGUUGAGCCUGCUCAACCUGCAAGCUGCCCGGUGUCCCUGUUACAGGCAGAAGAGUUCGUUUUGCACUUCAAGACAACUCACUUGUCAUCUUUACCUUUUUUCACCCCAUCCGAGCUUGACGACAUGGUUCCGACUUUAUUCAACUAUACCCCAGAGACAACCUUCCAACCACAAAGAAAGACAGUGUUCCUUGCGGCUCUCGCAUUGGGGGCCUUGAGUACCUCACAGACCGACGCUGCAGAGUCAUUGUUUAUCCACGCCAAAAAAGAAGCAGCAAUUUACGAGGACUCUGUCACGUUACCAAUGAUACAGUUUUCGAUUCUCAUGGCUCAUUAUCAGCUAAAUAUGGGUCGUCCCAACUCCGCUUACUUACAUAGCGGCAUCGCAACACGGAAAGCCCUGUCCAUGGGCCUGCACGCAGGGACCACAAGUGCAAUUUCGAGAAAGGAAGAAGUUCAGGGGAGACUGGUGACGCUAUGGUCUCUUUACUUCUUGGAAAUUUGGCUCAGCUUGGUCGUCGGACGGCGCAGUUCGAUGCAGAAGUCCGACUUCGAAUCUUGCCCUUAUCCGGACGGACAACCAACUUUGAUGGCACUCUGCCAAUUCGCCAACAUUCUUGAAGAAGCGAUUGAGUCGAUAUACAACAAACGUACCGACUCCCUGCGUCAAUUAUACGGGAAAGCCGAGAAGCUGUAUGGUCACGUCCGGCAAUACGGUGAGAAGUGGGGUUUGGGUACAGCAGCUUCCGUACAACGGGUAGACGCAUGGAAUCCUGAAACUAGUCUUCUUCUACACAACGUCUACUUUCAUGUUGUUCUUCUCAUCUUCCGCCCUUUUCUGAUUGCUGAAGCUGCCCUGCAAUCUGGGGAAGGAUCCGGCGGGAUAGGCGAUAUCUGGCUUCGGCAAGCUUGCAGACACGCCACAGAUGCUGCACAGGAUGCACUCGCUUUUACCUGGAACAUGCUUCGUGGCCCUGAGGAAUGCAACACUCGGCGAUACCAUGCAUUCUUCAUCGAGUCCUCCUGCGCUGUUCUGUUAUACGACAGCUUGCGCCAUCCGGCAAAGCACCCCCACAACUUGGAGUUCAUUCAGAUGGCGAUAUCUUGUCUGCGCUCAUUAGUGGGAGACGAUCCAGUGACGAACGCCAUACAUUCCAUCAAGCGCAUCGUGUGGGCUGUGGAACAAUCCAUCAACGCGGCCAAGUCCACAGGCGCGUUCUUGGACAUCGCUUCUGCCGACUCGUCACCCUCAUGGACCGAUGAUCGUCUACCGACUAACAUACAGUUCCCAUCCUUAGAGGAGAAUAGGGCUACAACGUCGGAUGAUUUGAUCUUCUUCAGCAACAGAGCUUACCGGCCACAACCUGAACCCAUCACAGAGUACAGCAUGCCGAUGUCAGGCUCAGUGGGGAACCCGUUCCCUGACUUGAACUUUGAUGUGCUCACGACGGAUCUGUUCAACUUCUUUCCAGUCGAGAUGAACUCGGGGCCUACUGGACACGGAGGAGCAUAG